AUGACAUUCCAACAUUCUUCUCAUGACCCAGAUCGAACAGAACCUUUCUACUUUUCAGCAGUCCCAGUUAAUAUUCGCAUGAAAAAGAUAGCUGAUGCUAGUAAAAGACCUAGAAACAGUAUCAACAUUUCCUCAACAAGCCUCAGCUCAUCAGCAAAGAAAAAGACAAAUAAAAACUGCCAGCCCAAAUUUACAAGUUUGAGACUACGAAAUAAAAAAGCUCUGAAUGAUGAUGAAGAUUUAGAAGCAGUAAUAGAAGCUGUUCAACUACAAGAAUCUGAUGCAGAUAAUGUCAAAGAAAAUUCUGUGAUUCCUUCACAAACUGAUUUAUUACAUGAUAUACCACAAGGAAGAAGUAGUGCUUUAAAAGGAAUUUUAAGUAGAUCAGUAUCAAACAAAUCUUAUUCAGAAAAUGAAAGUAUAAAAAAUAAUAUUAAACCCAAAGCCACAACUGCGCGACAUUUUCCAACAGGUAACAAGGAUAUAAGAGACAAACAAAUUCAAGAAAAUGAACAAUUAAUUAAAGAUUUAUUAAGCAAAACACAGCCAUAUCAUGAUCAUUGUUACACAACAAUGUUUGGAAAGAAGAAUGGUAUUGAUAAAAUGUCUCUGCAAAAUUCUGAUGAUGAAAGUAAUUUUGAUGAAAGUACUGGACCAAUUAUUUACAAUUGUAAAUUAGAACCUAUUUUAAGUCUACCAUCUGUAAGGAGCACUAUUGAUAUGCCAAUGGUUUGCAGUGAAGAAGUUGUUGGUGAUGUGAUAUGUGAAGCAGAAGGUGAUAAACACGAUGGAUUCAGUAAGUUUAUUCCUGAUGCAUAUUGUUUCAUGUCAUCCAACAAAGAUUUGAAGUAG